AUGUCCGAUCGGAACAAUCCAGCGGACCUCAUAUCACGCGGGUGCUAUACACAUGAUUUAUUGAAUUCAUCCUUGUGGUGGGCAGGCCCAUCUUGGCUACAAAAUCUAACUGAAACACAGCGACGUGCAACUGACAAUAUUUCAAUUCCUGAAACUGAUGUCGAAAGUCGAAUCACAAGUUUGACUUGUACAAAAAUUAACAAUAACGAACAUUUUUUCUUAUACUCUUCCCUUAUUAAACUCGUGCGCGUAACUGCUUUUUGUUAUCGAUUUUUACAAAAUUUAAAACUAAAGAAGAAAGAAAAAGAACUACUGUAUGGCCCACUCACGGUCGAUGAAUUCAAUAAUUCACUAAACAAGUUAAUAAAAAUAUCACAAUAUGAAAUAUUCAAACAAGACAUAGAUAUAGUCGCGCGUGGGGAAGCAUUACACAAAUCGUCGAAAUUAAAAUCAUUAACACCGUUUUUAGACAAAAAUGGAAUAUUGCGCGUCGGCGGUAGGAUAAAGAAUUCAAAUUUACCGUAUGAUAAAUGCCAUCCGAUAAUACUACCAAAAAAUCAUCAAUUGACUAUUCUAAUAACUAGGCAUGAGCAUUUAAAACUGUAUCAUUGCGGAGCACAGAUGUUAUUAAAUGCGUUGCGUAAUACUUAUUGGCCUAUCGGAGGCAGAAACCUGACAAGAUCGAUCGUGAAAAAAUGCGUAACAUGUUUUAAGGUAAAACCCACAUUUAUUAAUCCAGUAAUGGGCAAUUUGCCUAAAUAUCGCGUUACACCGCAGUCACCUUUCUUUAUAUGCGGAGUAGAUUACGGAGGUCCUAUCUUAUUAAGAGAUCGUCAAACAAGAGGAUACAAAAAAUUUAAGGCUUACAUAUGUUUGUUCGUGUGCCUUGUUACAAAAGCAAUACAUAUCGAAUUAGUAUCUGAUUUAACUACGAAUAGUUUUUUAGCCACUUUUAAACGAUUUAUGGCGCGACGCGGAAAACCUCGCGAAAUCUAUUCCGAUAAUGGAACAAAUUUUAUAGGCGCAGCAUCAGGAUUAAAGGAGCUUUAUAAAUUUUUGCAAACAAAAUCAAAUCAAAAUAAGAUUGUUAAUGAUAUGACCAACGAAGGCGUGUCAUGGAAGCACAUUCCACCAAACUCUCCUCAUUUUGGAGGAAUUUGGGAGGCGGGCAUAAAGUCGUGCAAGGCUCAUUUAAAGCGAGUAUUGGGUAAUGCUAUUUUAACUUUUGAAGAUUUUAUACGGUUUUGA